AUGACGUCGCCUGGGUAUAAAAAAGGGAAGAGGUUCACAUGGAUUAUACUCCGAGCAGCCCUCUGGGUUGAGAUCAGUAAACAGGCGAGAGUUGAGGGAGGGGUGGGGGGGGGGUGGGAGGAAAAGUUCCAGGGGUGGAUCCUGCGCACACGCACACGCACGGACACACACGCGCGCUCUGCCCGCAAGCUGCCCUCGGAAAAAAAAAAAAAAAAAAAAAAAAAGCUCCGCUCUUCUCUCUCCGAUCCCCUUUUUAACAUUUCUCCGAAAAGUUUCGAUCCCGUGUCUCUCCAGCUUUUCCCCCUUCACCCCCCCACCCCAGCCACCACCACCACCUACCCUCCCUCUCCCCCCCCCCCCCCCCUCCCGCUGCCCUGCCCCGGCACGGUUUGGGGUAUGCCUGCGAGCAUGUUCAGCAUCGACAACAUCCUGGCGGCCAGACCUCGCUGCAAGGAUUCGGUGCUGCUGCCCCCCCCGACCGCCGCUCCCGUCGUCUUCCCCGGCCUCCACGGGGACUCGCUCUACGGCGGCUCCUCCGACUACGGCGGGUUUUACUCCCGGGCGGUGGCCCCCGCCUCCGCGCUGCCCCCGGCCGUCACCGGAUCUCGGCUCGGCUACAGCAACUACUACUACGGGCAGCUCCAUGUGCCCGCGUCCCCCGUGGGCCCCGCGUGCUGCGGGGCCGUGCCCCCCCUGGGCGCCCAGCAGUGCUCCUGCGUCCCCCCCGCAGGUUACGAGGGCACUGGGUCAGUCCUGAUGUCCCCUGUUCCCCAUCAGAUGUUGCCCUACAUGAACGUGGGCACUUUGUCGCGGACGGAGCUGCAGCUGCUGAACCAGCUGCACUGCCGGCGAAAAAGGCGGCAUCGGACGAUCUUCACUGACGAGCAGCUGGAAGCGCUGGAAAACCUCUUCCAGGAAACGAAAUACCCAGACGUGGGCACCAGGGAACAGCUGGCCAGAAGGGUGCACUUAAGGGAGGAAAAAGUGGAGGUUUGGUUCAAAAACCGCCGGGCAAAGUGGAGGAGGCAAAAGCGAUCGUCUUCGGAGGAGUCAGAAAACGCACAAAAAUGGAAUAAAGCGUCUAAAACGUCUCCGGAGAAGAGACAAGAGGACGGGAAAAGUGACUUGGACUCCGACAGCUGAUACCUCGCAGCGGGGGGGGACGUUUCCCGUGGACUGUCGGAUCCGCUCCAAAGGAUGCUACUCGUAUCUUGCACAGGCUCUGCCUUGUUGGAGGGGGAAAAUAUCUGUAUAUAAUGUACCGUGCCCCGAGUUGAUUUCGUGUAAAUAAAAUGUGUUGCGGAGGUGUUGCACGGGU